AUGCGAGCGGCCAGGCGAGCCGGCGCUCAGAGCCCGCGCUCAGAGCCCGCGCUCAAAGACGAGCAGCCAGCCGAGCGGCCAGGCGGCCAGGCGAGCGGACAGGCGAGCGGCCAGGCGAGCGGCCAGGCGAGCGGCCAGUCGAGCGGCCAGGCGAGGGGCCAGGCGAGCCGCCGCUCAGAGCAGGCGCUCAGAGCCGGCGCUCAGAGCAGGCGCUUAGAGCCGGCGCUCAGAGCCGGCGCUCAGAACCGGCGCUCAGAACCGUCCUUCAAGCGGCCGGGCGAGCGGCCAGGCGAGCGACAAGGUGAGAGGCCAGGCGAGCGGCCAGGCGAGCGGCCAGGCGAGCCGGUGAUCAGAGCUGGCGCUCAGAGCCUGCGCUCAAAUCCAGUCCUCAAAGCCGGCGCUCAAAGCCUAACGGCCAGCCGAGCUGCAAGGUGA